AUGCAAAAAAAGCUUAUUUACCUGAUGGUCUUAAUAGUAUUGUCAUUAACUUUUUGGAUCUAUCGUACUUCAAAUUUACAAUAUAAAAAUACGAUUAUUACCUUUCAACAUAGUAAAAAAUAUAUUAACCAUGUGAUAUUAUCUCCGUCCAAUGCAACAUGUUUAAAUCCUCAGCAUCUCCUGAUCAUAGUUACUUCAUAUGUGGGACAUGUAGAAUUAAGAAGUGCUCAUCGAAGAGCAAUGCCGGCUGAUUAUCUUGCAUCAAAAAACACCUCAAGAAUAUUUUUACUUGCAAAAAUUCCUUCCGCUGAAAGGUACAUUACACAAUCGGCAAUAGAAGAUGAACACAAAAUAUAUGGAGAUAUCCUUCAAGGUUCAUUUUACGAGCAUUAUAGAAACUUAACAUACAAACAUCUUAUGGGACUACAGUGGGCAUCAACUUGUCACACUGCAUUUAUUCUUAAAGUUGACGAUGAUACAGUAUUUAACUUUGACUUAACUAUUAAUUUUCUAUCAAAGGUGCCUACACAAGAUCAGUUUAUAAUGGGGUAUGUCUUGAACAAUACAUUGCCCAGGAGAAACAGAGAAAACAAAUGGUAUGUUACAAUGGAAGAAUAUCCAGGACAGCUUUACCCUCCUUACCUCUCUGGUUGGUACUAUAUAAUAAGCCCUAAAACUGCUGCUUCAAUCAGCAAUGAAGCUCAGUACCACCCAUACUUUUGGAUAGAUGAUAUCCUAGUUACUGGAAUCUUAACAGAGUACCUUGGAAUAAAACUACAUAGACUACCAAAAGAUUUUUGGUUAGAAUAUUAUGAACAAGUUGAAUGCUGUCUAAGAGAUAUGAUCAAGAAAAACAUUCAAUGUGACUUUAUUGUUGGACCAAAUGGUGGUCGUAACAAUUUGUUAGUUGAAUUUAAUGAAGGUUACAAAAAUUGUAACAAUUGUGUAAAGAGGAAACAAAAACUAAGAGAUACAUGUAUUAUGAAUAGGGACAGGGCAAUUUUCAGUGAUGGAAUUGGUGUAGUUAAUAAAGUAAUCUUGUAA